AUGUUCGUGAAGCCGCCUCGCAGUAUCUCCCCCGCGGUCGCCACCGCUGACCCUUUCAAUUGCAGGGGCGAGCGCUCCUUCAGCGACGCCGCCGUGGAUCGCACCGCCCGCCUUCCCUUUUCUGCCUUCUCCGUUCCGUGCCGGAUGGGAGCUGCGACGGGCGCCGAGCACAUGCGCACGGAGCGGACGUUUCGGGCCAGCGCCGCCGUCACGGAAAGCCAGCCAGAGCCGCAGCAGUCCAGCAGCGACAGCACCGGCAACUCUAACGCCAGUCUGUGGCGGCCGCUGUCGAGGGUCACGACACCCUUCGAGGUGCCGUCGCCUCCGCUCACGGACGCCUGCGGCAACAACACCGCUGCAACGGGGGUUGUGUGGGUUGGGUGCGUACCUCCGAGUCGCGUCCGUGAGCUUUCGCCUCUUAUCCACCUCCUCAAAGGAGUGCGCUCCACCGGCGCCGAAGCACCCAGCCAACAACCGUCGCGGCAGAACCUGGACUUCGCGUUCUUCGUGGAUGGCCCUUACGAGGGCCAGGGGUUUCUGUGCUUUUCUUCCGCAAAGGAGGCCGAGGAGGCCGUGCGCCGGUGUCCUGGCGUGGUGGUGGUUGGUCAACAGGAGCCGCUCCUGCAUGUGUCGGUUCGCGUGUCCUCCGUAGAGGAAAUGACGGCUGCCCAGCAGCAGCACCAGCAGCUGCAGCAGUGCCACGCGACACACCUCGCGCCUGCGCUCACGCCGACACUGCCGCCGUCAUCGACGCAGAACCUCGUCUACUGGCUCCGCGGUUUGCCGUUCCAGGCGCAGCGCUCCGACGUGGAGGCGUUCCUGCGGGGUGUAUGGUACCUUCGGCUGGACAUUGGUGUGCUGGGGAGCGGGGAGUGCAGCGGCAACGCCUUCGUUGAGCUGAACGGGUCAAAGGAUCAGGACGCGCUCCAGAACCUGCACAACACGUUUAUCCCGUGCGCUGCCCACGCCGCGGUGCCGGCGCUGAACCGACCGAAGCCGCGUUUUGUGGAGGUCAUCUUGACCACCGCCGACCGCCGUCAAGAGCAGCUGAGCAUCGAUCGCUGUAUGGUGCGGAAUCAACUGCCACAUCACCUGCGGAUGCGUGUGCCGGCCACGAAGAUCGCUUCUUCUUCUUCGCCUUCGUUUUCCGCCUCGCGCUACGUAGGUGACCGAGGACGACAUCACCAGCAGCAGCCACAGCAGAUCAGUCUUCCGCGUCAGUACUUUAGCGGAAGCGAUUCGUAUCUCUCUUCCGGUGAUCACAGCAUCGCGGCUUCUGUUGGUACUGCAGCGGCACCUCCGAUGCCACCCGUCUCGCCGUCGUUCUUUCUGAUGCCGAGCGGGUUGCCGCCCCAUCGAAUUGAAGUCGCGCAGGGAGGCAGCAACAGUUUCAGCAGCAGCGGUGCUGACCACAACGCUGGCGCAACGACGCCCGCGCGUCGCAUUUCGCCCGCGGAGGCGCUGUCGAUGAUGUCGGCGCAACCGCUGUCGCGCGUGCAGCUGUCGCCCGGCAGCAUCAACCCCCACCCCGGCCUCACUGCUCAGGCUUACUCGAUGCCGUGCGAAUCGGUGUCGCUGCUGCCUCCGCCGCUCCCACCGACGCCGAUGCUGCCACCACCGCAGCCGCCUUCCGUGCCGUUGCUGCCGCUGCCUCGGGCGGGUGUGUCGUACAGCACCCCCUACUACGUUUUUCCUCGUCGUGGUGGGUAG